AUGUCCUCGGGUGAUGAUUACCAGAUCUAUAAGCUUGGGAACUUCAAGCUCAAGUCUGGUGGAGAGAUACCAGAUGCGUUUAUCGCCUACAAGACGCUAGGAGACCCAUCGCUUCCGGCUGUCAUAUACCCAACAUGGUAUUCUGGGACGAUAUCCGACAAUAUCUGGCUUACAGGCUCGGACAAGACACUUAACCCUUCCCAGUACUACAUCAUCAUGCCUGCAUUGUUCGGCAAUGGCCAGUCGUCGUCACCAUCAAAUAUGCCAGAUCUCCGCCCAUUCCCAGAAGUGCUGUUUUACGACAACAUACGAGCGCAGCAUGAGCUUGUUACUAAACAUCUGGGCGUGAAGCAUGCUCGUGCUGUUCUUGGUUGGUCUAUGGGCGCGGGACAGACGUAUCAAUGGGCGACGCAGUUUCCCGACUUUAUGGAUCUCGCAGUACCAUUCUGUGGGAGCGCAAAGACGAGCCUGCAUAACCAGGUUUUCCUAGAAGGUGUCAAGAGCGCCUUGUAUGCUGCUCUAGGGACAAGCUCUGCAGGUGUCGCAAAGCCAGAUCUACAAACUGCUCAGGGAAAGAACGUGACUUUCUCAUCCGAGACCCGAGAAGCUGGAUUGAAGGCUCUUGGACGCGUGUACGCCGGCUGGGGCUUCUCUCAAGCAUUCUAUCGUGAGAAGCUAUACGAGACCGCACCUACGCUCGGGUUCAAGAACCUGGACGACUUUCUUGUCAACUUCUGGGAAGCUUGGGCGCUUUCCAAGGACCCAGAGAAUAUGCUAGUCAUGGCACAUACAUGGCAGGCUGCUGAUUGCUCGCAACAAGAGCCGUACGAUGGUGACUUUGAGAAAGCGAUGAAGGGUAUCAAGGCGAAGACACUAGUCCUGCCAGCGAAGACGGAUCUUUACUUCCCACCAGAAGAUUCCGAAAUUGAAGUCCAGAAUAUGAAGCCGGGCGUUGGAACACUGAAGAUAUUCCCCUCUAUAUGGGGCCACUGGGCUGGUGGGCCAGGUCAAUCGACGGAAGACGUAAAAUGGCUUGACGCGGAGAUCAAAGACUUCUUUGCCAAGAACUAG